AUGAAUAAAUAUAUGAAUGCACUGUAUAAAAGGGGACACUACGACAUUGAGAGCUUGAUGGAAAGAGUCAGCUAUGUUUUUAUUAAGCUCCAGCCUCAGGCCUCUGCCCUGAGCCCCGGUGCUCCUCUGGCCCCGCUGUGGGGUGGUGUCAUGUGCCCCACUCAGUGACACAGACACAAUCCCACACAGACACACACCCACACACUGUGUACUGCUCCAUCUGAUCAGAGGGCAGUGACACAUCGACCUCACACUCCCUCACUCAGACCUGCAGCCGGGACGUAUGAGACACACUGGAACUCCAGAGUCAAAGUUAAGCUUGAAAGGAAUGAUGCAUGUACCUUUCUUCCCCCUAAAUCGAUGGACAAGGAUUUGCGGUACAUCUACACAUCAGAAGCUCAAAGAGGUUAUGAAGAUAUAAACUGGGACUCUAAGUUAUACCCUCAUCUCAAACCAACACUGAGUACUCUGGAGAAAAUGGCAGACACUGUAAGCCAGUGCUUCGCUUUGAAGAGCCAUAGCAGGCCUGAACUAUGGCGGACUAUUGGACCUCAUUGGAAUAGGCAUCAGAUUCAUGCCUUAUAUGAUGUGAAGAAAGCCUUCAGUUUCACCAGCCCAUGUCGAAAAACAGGACAAAUUCCUUUAUAUAAGUAAGUGGUUGCAGAAGAUAUUGACAUCCCAGAGAAAGACUUCAUCUCACUGACAGUGCUGUGUACCGUCUUACCUCCCGACACUCCCACAGUCAACCAUCCCACUAUUCCUGGUUAUACUGGGGAAGCUCUCAGACCACACACCGUAGCCACCGGCCAGCCGCCUUCAAUGCUCACUCAUCAGACUACAGGGUGGGUGAUCUGUGUAUUUUGUAGGAGCAGUUCAACACCAUCAUCCUAUGAUAGGCAAGGCCCUCUGUCCCCUCUGGUCAUCACUGUCCCACCAGGCAAUCAUUUCCUUCAACCUAAAGCUCCCUCACCUCCCAUUUGUUCAUAGUCUCAAUGCACAAAAAUGGAAUAG